AUGACCCCAGCUACUACAGCUGACGAUUUGAAUAUGAUGUAUAUCGAAGCUUUUCAAAAAAUUAUGACUGAUAUGGAUAAUUUUGAAGGAGAUUCAUCCAGUUUGGAUUUUGAAGAGGUCAUGAAUGUUAAAUUGACAGUAACACAGUUUCAACCGUUCCGCGGUAGUUCUUAUCUUCCUUUGCCCUCCGAAUUACGGAAAAAGAGAAGUCUUCUCAACAUUAGGAAUUUAGAUGAUGACAAAUGUUUCAUCUAUGCCAUUUUGGCUCAUUUACACCCCUCAUCUACAUCUCAUAAGGAUCUCCCAGAUGAUUACAUUCAACACAUAUCUGAAUUGCACGUAGAAGGAUUUAAAUUCCCCAUGGCUUUAAAAAAUGUGGGUAAUUUCGAAAAGGCAAAUGAUCUUAGUAUUAACGUGUAUGGCUAUAGUCAAAAAGAAAAAAAAGAAGACGAAGAAAAUUUAAUCUUUCCCCUAAAAAUCAGUGACAAUGUGUCACACGUUUACCCAAAGCGUCACAUCGACCUUUUAUUUAUAAAUACAGAAGAUACGUCGCAUUACGUCUUGAUCACCUCAUUGGCUGCAUUGGUGAGGCAAUCCAAUAACCACAACAAUAAAUACAUCUGUCGCAAAUGUCUUUGGACAUUCAGUUCGGAAGAUUGCCUUUUGAAUCACAAAUCAUACUGCUAUCACAAAGCUCAAAAAACUACAAUGCCCGAACCAGACAAGACGACGAAACAAUUUGGCUUAGGUCACAUGUCUAAAACGGUCAGAGUUCCCUUCGUGAUUUUCAGCGACUUUGAAUGCAUCUUGUCACCUUUAGAGGAAGACAAUCCUGAUGGUCACCACACUCAACGCAUUCAACAUCACGUCCCAUGUGGCUACUCUUAUCAAAUUGUCUGUCGGGAACCUAGUAUCCACUCUUUUGAUUUAAAGAAGUUCAGUGGGGAACAUGCUGCCCACCAUUUUAUGGAAAGCAUUUUGGCAGAUUAUGAGGAGAUUAAGGAGAUCUUGGAAGACCCGGUCCCUGUGCGUUUAACGCAGUGGGAUAAACAACUCAUCGAAUGCACGACUGUGUGUUAUUUGUGCGGGGACGAAAUAGAACAUGACCGACAUAUAGACCACGACCACCUGACGGGUGAAUUUCGGGGAGUGUGUCAUUCCUAUUGCAAUGUUAAUUAUAAAGAGUGUAAAUUUGUCCCUGUGGUUUGUCACAAUGCAUCUCGGUACGACAACCACUUGAUUUUGCAAGCGGCAGAAUUGUUUUCUGGAAGCAAACUUAAAUGUAUUCCCCAUAAUUCGGAACACUUUCUCAUGUUUGAAAUUGAUGGCCUCCGGUUUUUAGACAGUUAUAAGUUUUUAAAUACCAGCUUGCAAACAUUGGCCAACAAUUUGAGAAGUAGAGGCCGAGAUCAAUUCAAGUAUCUUCGUGGUCACUUUCCCGAUCACGUGGACUUGCUCACCCGGAAACUUCUCUAUUUUUAUGAAUAUGUGGACAGUUUUGAAAAACCAGAAGAAACUGUCUUCCCCAGUCGGGAUGGGUUUUAUUCCUUUCUGACAGAAGAGACCGUGACCGAAGAAGAAUAUCUGUUUGAACGUGGGAUAUGGGACACGUUUCAUUGUCAGUCUGUCCGAGAGUUCAUGGAGCUUUACGUCUCCGUAGACACAUUGAUUUUAACGGACGUCAUGGAAGCGUUCCGUGACAUGUGUUUGCAAUAUUACAAAUUAGAUCCCCUCCAUUAUUACACACUCCCGGGGAUGGCCAUGGAUGCAUGUUUGAAAAUGACGGAAGUGAGUUUAGAUCUGUUCACGGACCCCGACAUGUACAAUUUUAUCGAACAGGGUAUUCGAGGGAGAGUGGCAUCCAUCAAUCACAGAUAUGCACAAUCCAAUAACAGACACAUGGCCGAUUUUGACCCCACCCAAACCGAGUCGACCUUACUUUAUUUUGAUGUUAACAAUUUGUAUGGGGCGGCCAUGUCGUUACCACUUCCUCUAGGGGAAUUUGAAUGGGGCGGCCAUGUCGUUACCACUUCCUCUAGGGGAAUUUGA